AUGGAGACGACCAAUUUGAAACAAGCCCUUGUGGCAGGUGGAAUAGCGGGAACUACAGUAGAUGUAAUUCUAUUCCCGUUAGAUACAUUAAAAACUAGAUUACAAUCAAAGACAGGUUUUUAUUCUUCAGGAGGCUUUCGUGGAAUAUAUUCGGGACUUGCAAGUGUCAUUGUUGGAAGUGCACCAGGAGCAUCAACAUUUUUCAUUUCAUAUGAAUAUUUAAAAGAAGCAUUGGGAAAUAUAUUUCCUGAUAAAAAAUAUCUUCCAUUAAUUCACAUGGCGGCAUGCAUUACACGUACACCAACUGAAGUCAUUAAAUCUAGAAUGCAAACCAAACUUUAUUCAUCAACAAGUUUAGCAAUCAAAACAAUUUAUAAACAAGAAGGUUUCUUUGGAUUUUAUCGUGGAUUUUUAAGUACAAUAUUAAGAGAAAUACCUUUUACAUGUUUACAAUUCCCUCUUUAUGAAUACCUAAAAGUUAUGGUGGCAAGGUAUGCUAAACGAAAGAAGGCAGAACCUUGGGAAGCAGCAAUUUGUGGAUCUAUAGCAGGAGGUACAGCGGCUGCUAUUACAACUCCAUUGGAUGUUAUAAAGACUAGAUUAAUGUUAUCUGAUAAAAAUCAAAUUAUGCAUAAUCAUUCACAUAAUUAUUUGGGUGUUCUAAAUACAUUUAAUAGAAUUUUAUCUGAAGAAGGACCAAAAUCAUUAUUUAAAGGAAUUGGUCCUCGUGUAUUAUGGAUUUCUAUUGGUGGAUAUAUAUUUUUGGGUGUUUAUGAAAAAUCAAAGAAAACUUUAUAUGAAAGUAAAAUUUUUGCCUGA